ACCGGCUCCCAGAUCCGUGCGGACGACGAUCCCGUGUACCACUUCUACCUGCAGAACGACGGCGGCCAGCCGGUGCUGGGCCCCGAGUCGUCCUCGGGCUACUUCGACAUCGCCGGCGGGACGAUCCAGCUGACGGACGGCUCGGGCCUGUACCUGAACGUGCAGACGGACGCGACGCCGUCGUACAAGCCGCUCACGUUCAACACGACGGCGGCGACGACGGACUGGGCCCUCGAGGGCGACACGAUCAUCACGAGCGACCCGCGCGAGCUGAACUUCCUCGCGUGCGCGACGAGCGACCCGAACGUCUACACGUUGUAUUUGCAAUACGGGAACGACCAGCCGGACGGCGCGUCGUGCUCGCUGCAGUCGCUGCAUCUGCCGUGCUUGUGUUGA